UAGCUAGCUCUUAUAAAAUAGUACAGCUGCAAAAACCAUCGUAGCAAUAUCUCUAUAAGCUAAGUAGUAGUAAGAAAUAUGGCUUCUAAGCCUGGAAUCCUUACUGAUUGGCCAUGGACUCCUCUUGGAAGCUUUAAGUAUGUGAUCUUGGCUCCAUGGGUUAUUCCAGCCACGUACUCAUUCCUGUUCCACGAAGAUGAAAAUAAGAGAAAUGUUUCUGAUAUCCUCAUAUUUCCAUUUAUGUUGUGGAGGAUGCUCCACAACCAGAUUUGGAUAACACUUUCUCGUUACCGAACAGCCAAAGGCAGAACUAGAAUCGUAGACAAAGGUCUUGAAUUCGAUCAAGUAGAUAGAGAAAGAAAUUGGGAUGACCAAAUCUUGUUCAAUGCAACAUUGUUCUACUUGGCAAGCAAGACCCUGAAGGGGGCUACAAACCUGCCUGUUUGGAGGACAGAUGGAGUCAUUUUAACUAUUCUUCUCCAUGCGGGUCCUGUGGAGUUUCUUUACUAUUGGCUUCACAGAGCACUCCAUCACCGUUACCUGUACUCUCGCUACCAUUCUCAUCACCAUUCUUCUAUUGUCACUGAACCUAUUACUUCUGUGACUCACCCAUUUGCCGAGCACAUAGCAUACUUCAUGCUGUUUGCAAUACCAAUGUUGACAACAGUGUUCACAGAAACUGGCUCUAUUGCUUCCUUUACUGGUUAUGUCACUUACAUUGAUUUCAUGAACAAUAUGGGUCACUGCAAUUUUGAGUUGGUUCCCAACUGGAUCUUCUCUGCCUUUCCUCCUCUAAAAUACCUCAUGUAUACUCCAUCGUUUCAUUCUCUGCACCACACUCAGUUUCGAACAAACUACUCAUUGUUUAUGCCAAUCUACGAUUACAUCUAUGGAACAAUGGACAAAUCUUCAGAUUCUCUAUAUGAAUCUUCAAUCAAGAGACAGGAUGAAGUGCCAGAUGUCGUGCAUCUAAUGCAUCUAACUACACCGGAAUCAAUCUAUCAUCUACGGCUGGGAUUUGCUUCAUUGGCCUCUCAGCCGCACAUAGCCUCAAAAUGGUACUUAUGGUUGACGUGGCCAGUAACAGUAUGGACAAUGAUGUUAACUAGGAUUUAUGGUCGCACUUUUGUGGUUGAGAGGCAUCGCUUUGAUAAACUCAAAUUACAAACAUGGUCACUUCCCAAAUAUAAAUUACAAUACUUGUUGCAAUGGCAAAGCCAAUCCAUAAACAGCUUGAUUGAGGAGGCCAUACUUGAAGCAGAGGAAAAAGGGGUUAAAGUGUUAAGUCUAGGUCUCUUGAAUCAGGGUGAGGAACUGAAUAGAUAUGGUGGUCUAUACGUGCAAAAGCAUCCUAAGCUGAAAACCAAGGUGGUUGAUGGGAGUACCUUAGCAGUUGCUGUAAUUCUCAACAAUUUACCAAAAUGGACUACCCAAAUUGUCCUCAGAGGCAAACUUACUAAGGUUGCUUAUGCCAUUGCCUUUGCUCUGUGCCAGAGGGGUAUCCAGGUGGCAGCAUUGGAUGAGGUUGAGUACAUGAAACUUGGCAAAUCCUUCGGUACAAAUUCAUCUGUGAGUAACAAAUUGGUUCUCUCAAAAAAUUAUUCCCACAAGAUAUGGUUGGUUGAUGAUGGAUUAAGUGAAGAGGAACAAACAAAAGCUUCAAAAGGAACAAUAUUUAUUCCAUUCUCCCAAUUCCCACCUAAUAAAUUGCGCAAGGACUGCUUUUACCACCACACACCAGCAAUGGCAACUCCUCUGUCUCUUGAAAAUCUACACUCUUGUGAGAAUUGGUUGCCACGGAGGGUGAUGAGUGCCUGGAGAAUAGCAGGGAUUAUACACGCUUUGGAAGGUUGGAAUGAACAUGAGUGUGGUAACAUUAUGUCCAACAUUGAGAAAGUUUGGGAAGCAAGUCUUCGACAUGGCUUUCAGCCUCUAAAGACCAUCACUACCUCAACCUAAAUCCAGUAUAAAUAAAUUAUCAUAUCUGCAAAAUAUUUGCUAAAAAUGGAGUGACUGGCUUUCUUUGUUACGUUGUUAAUUUGCUAAUGGAGUGCCAGAAUGCUUAAUAUAAUAGUACUACAGUAUCCUAAUCGGUAUAAGGAUAUUCAAUAAUGGCUAUCAUGUCAACUAAAAGACGUGUUUAUUUUUCAUAUAGUUUUAAGUUUCAACAUAGAUCUCAACUUCGAAUUCCCCAAUAUAAAACAAAAAUAGCAAUAUCAACUA